AUGUCUUCCAAUAGCUAUUCCACUUUUCAGUCUUACUCCUCGUCAAGUUACUCAGACUCUACCGGUACUCGCUACGAGCAAAAGACAUACUCUAAUCCUUCUGGCACAACAACGCAGCGCAACACGCAGGAGGCUGGAAAACCAAUGGUCAGCGAAACCACAAAUGUCCCGUCAGGCAGACAUGUGGGUGGGAUCGGAAAUGAUCAGCGUCGUAUUGAGGAUGUCACAGAUGAUCCAGCGGCAGCGGACAAAAAAUAUGAAGAGCGUAUUGAGGACGAGUACGCCAAGCGCGAAGGAGGUGCUUGA